AUGUUUAACGCGGCUGCCAAGUGUUCAAGAGCAGUAGCGGCAACGAUUCGUGGACGCGCCAGCUCUGCUAGAAGCAGCCUUGUUCGAUACUCGAUUCAGCUGAGAUCGAUUCACGGUGAAAUCAGCGUUCCAAACGCGAACCAUGUUGCUAUUCAGAUGGUCAAUUACGCUCUUUCCCACGCUAGGUCACAAAAAUCAGAUGAAUCUUAUGCGCAAGGGAUGCUAGUGCUUGAACAGUGCCUUGGGAAUCAACCGAACGAUGAUCAGGUUUCUCAAGAUUCUAAAGCAACAGUCUUGCUUGCUAUGUCUGAUCUAUCAUACGAAAGUGGGAACAGUAGUGAGGCCAUUGAACGCCUCAAGCAAGUCCUGGCUCUGACACAGUCUUCAUUGGCUAUUAGAGCUGCUGCUGUGGAAGCGCUUGUUGGUCUUCUGAUUCAGUCAGGACAGGACGAUGCUUCAUUGGCUGUUGCUGAUGAAUUUCUAGAACUGGUAAAAGAGGGAGGUCAUGAGAAUCUUCCGGAUGUGGUUGCUACAGCUAAAGCGAUCAAAGGCCUCGUUGAGCUUGUGAAAGGAAGUGUUGAAUCCGCCGAAUCUUUAUUUCGAGGACUUGAGAAUCAUGAGAUCUGCAAAGGUAACAUUGCACUUUCUUAUGGUGAAUUCUUGCAUGCCACCGGAAACUUUGAAAUGGCGAAGGAGAUGUAUCAAAAGGCAAUUCAAGGAGUGACAGACACCAAAGAAUCGAUGUGUUCUUGCAACAUGAAUCUGAAGGCAGUCUCAUUAGCAGCCACAUUUGCUCUUGGGCAGCUCGAGUCACACAUUGGAAACUUUGGUGAUGCGGAGGAGACACUGACAAGUGCAUUGACAAACGCUGAGGAACAUUACGGGCACAAUCAUCCUAAGGUUGGUGUGAUUUUAACUGGAGUAGCUCUGAUGUACCGAAACAAAGCCAAGCAAGAACGCUCGAGUUCUAUCAUGAUUCAAGAGGGACUCUUCAGAAGAGCAUUGGAGCUCACGAAAGCACCUCCGUUGGAUUCAGAAGGGAUAAAGAACGUGGAAACUCAAGAAGUAAUGGCACUAGCAAGAGUUUUGCGGCUCGAACACGGAAACACUGUUGUUUCCGACUGGAACACAUGUUCAGGUUUCGACCAUGGCCAUGAGACGACAAGGUCGGAAGAGUAUCAACUCCAGAAAGCUUCCAUAGCCGAGAACGAUGCCUUUACUUUUCUUGGGGCAAACAAUCACAGUGAUUCACUAACCUACCCUGCCUUUUGCCAAGCACUUCAAAAGGUAAAUCUGACGGGUAUUCCACAUGGACUAAGCUUCCAAGAAACAAAAGAGCUAUGGGUUCGAGCUGAUCUUGAUGGAAAUGGUGUGUUCGACUAUGAAGAACUCAGGAAAAUUUGGAACAUGACGAUGAUGAAUCAAUCUGGAAACUGCAAAGAGAGUGUGAUGGAGAGUAGGAAAGAAGAAGGAGAAGAUAAGGAGGAAGAAGAAGAAGAAGAAGCGAUUGGAUUGAAAGUGAAGAAAGCGGUUCUGUUUCCGGAAGAAGCAGAGAAAGGAUUGUGGCCAGAGAAUUACAGCCUCUCGGAUCAUGCUUCCAGAGACUCAGUUUUACAACGGUUGAUUGAUCUUGACCCACCGGAUGUACAAGACGCACUGAACAGAACUCUAAAGGAUCUGCAGCAUAGUUACGUCGAUCUGUAUCUCAUGCACUGGCCUGUGCGGUUGAAGAAAGGCACUGUCGAGUUCAAGCCCGAGAACAUUAUGCCUAUCGAUAUUCCUAGCACAUGGAACGCGAUGGAAGCACUGUAUGAUUCAGGCAAGGCACGAGCCAUUGGCGUAAGCAAUUUCUCUACAAAGAAACUCUCGGAUCUCGUGGAGGUUGCUCGGGUCCCUCCAGCUGUAAACCAGGUUGAAUGUCAUCCUUCGUGGCAACAACAUAAGCUACAUGAGUUCUGCAAGUCCAAAGGAAUCCACUUGUCCGGAUAUUCGCCAUUGGGUUCUCCAGGGACAACGUGGGUGAAGGCAGAUGUUCUAAAGAGCCCAGUUCUGGAGAGAGAACUUCGAGGUGUUGGGAUGGUCAAUUCCAGAAGAAAUGUUUGGCAAGUUUUCGGAGAUACAACAGGCAAGUUAAAGUUAGACCACAGCCACAUCUGCUGCAAAUUGCUUAUCUUUGAACAGCUAAUCAUAAUCUUCUUCACUGUGCAGGCUAGGUUGGUCCAAGCUUCAUAUCCAACAAGAAAUGGCUGCUUCAAGUGCUCUACCCGCAAACUACUUCCUCAAGCGGUCAAGCCACCUCCACACUCUCUGGUGAUAUGA